CCCAGACCGGAAGCAGCGCCCCCUCUCGGCCGCCAUGAGAAGCUCGGCUCCGCUAACGGGACAGAAGUCGUGGUUUCCUGCUCGUUAAAGCGUCUCCAGGAGGCGGAGCUUCCCGGUGGUGGGCGUGAUGGAGGACCCGCCCCCUGAGCAGGACAGCCCCUCCCCCUCGUCCGCAUGCCCCUCCCCGUCAUCUGACCCCGCCCCCUUGUCCUCCCCGUCCUCCAGCCCCGCCCCCUUGUCCUCUGGCCCCGCCCCCUCGUCCUCCCCGUCCUCCAGCCCCGCCCCCCCCUCGGCCCCGCCCCUGGGCGUCAUCAGCGAGGGCGUGUCCGAGCUGCAGCUGGUGAUCGACGCGGAGGUGGCGCGGCGGGCGUGUGAGGAGGUGCUGACGCGGGUCCAGGUCCCGGUCCAGGACCAGGUCCCUGUCCCCCCUGGGGGUCCCCCCCCGGACCCCAAGGCCCCCCCGGGCCCCCCGGACCCCCAGGACCCCGCCCCGGCGGCCGAGGGCCCCGCUGCGGCGGUGAAGAGCGCGCCCAAGCGGCGCCAGCGCAGCAACCCGUCCAAGUCGUCGGAGUCGUGGCUGCUGCGGCUGUUCGAGUCGCGGCUGUUCUCCGUCUCCAUGGCGAUCUCGUACCUGCACAGCUCCAAGGAGCCGGGGGUGCAGGCGUACAUCGGCAACCGCCUCUUCUCCUUCCCCCACGCGCAGGUGGACUUCUACCUGCCGCAGCUGCUCAACAUGUACGUGCACGGGGACGAGGACGUGGGCGACGCCAUCAAGCCCUACGUGGUUCACCGCUGCCGCCAGAGCAUCUCCUUUAGCCUGACGUGCGCGUGGCUGCUCGGCGCCUACAGCUCCGACAUGCACAUCUCCACGCAGCGCCACUCCCGCGGCGCUAGGCUACGGAAGCUAAUCCUGUCUGACGAGCUGAAGCCGUCGGGGCCGCGGAGCCGGCGGGAGCCGCUGACGCUAACGCCCUUCUGCCCGGCCCUGGCGGCGGCCCCCGCUAGCGGCGCUAGCGCGGAGCACGGCCUGUCCCCGUCCAAACGGACGCACCAGCGCUCCAAGUCUGACGCCACCGUUAGCAUUAGCCUCAGCAGCAACCUGAAGAGGACGAGUAGCAACCCCAAGGUGGAGAGCAGCCAGGACGAGGAUGGAAGCUCCAGCUCCGAAAGCCCGGACUCGGGUCCUGGUUCUGGUUCUGGUCCCCCGGUCCGCCUGGCCCCCCAGCGGGAGUUCAUCAAGUCCCUGAUGGGCAUCGGGAAGCGUCUGGCCACUCUUCCCACCAAGGAGCAGAAGACCCAGCGUCUGAGCUCCGAGCUGUCGCUGCUCAACCACAAGCUGCCGGCCCGAGUCUGGCUGCCCACGGCCGCCUUCGACCACCACGUGGUCCGAGUGCCGCACUCGCAGGCCGUGGUGCUCAACUCCAAGGACAAGGCCCCCUACCUGAUCUACGUGGAGGUUCUGGAGUGUGAGAACUUUGAGACGUCGACGGUUCCGGCCCGGAUCCCGGAGAACCGGAUCCGGGUGACCCGGUCGGUGGAGAACCUUCCGGACUUCCUGACGGACCAGAGAGCCGGGAGUUUCUCCGUCGUCCCGAACUACGACAACGACGAGGAGGCCUGGUCCACGGACGACAUCGGAACGCUGCAGGUGGAGCUCCCAGAAGGACACACCAGCAGCUGUGACAACAUCAGCCAGUUCUCCGUCGACAGCAUCACCAGCCUGGAGGGGAAGGAGCCGGUUUACAUCGCUGCAGGAGACAUCAGGCGGCGUCUCUCGGAGCAGCUAGCUGUGGCUCCAACAACCUUCAAGAGAGAUCCUGAGGAUCCAUCAGCUGUAGCUCUGAAGGAACCGUGGGAGGAGAAGGUUAGGAGGAUCAGGGAGGGCUCCCCGUACGGACACCUCCCCCACUGGAGACUGCUGUCCGUCAUCGUUAAGUGCGGGGACGACCUUCGUCAGGAGCUGCUAGCGUCGCAGGUGCUGCAGACGCUGCAGGCCAUCUGGCAGCAGGAGCGCGUCCCCCUCUGGAUCAAGCCCUACAAGAUCCUGGUGCUGUCGUCGGACAGCGGGAUGAUUGAGCCGGUAGUGAACGCUGUGUCGCUGCACCAGGUGAGGAAGCAGAGCCAGCUCGCGCUGCUCGACUACUUCCUGCAGGAGCACGGAGCCGCCACCACCGAGAACUUCCUGUCGGCGCAGCGGAGCUUCGUGCAGAGCUGUGCCGGCUACAGCCUCAUCUGCUACCUGCUGCAGGUGAAGGACAGGCACAACGGGAACAUCCUGCUGGACGCCGACGGCCACAUCAUCCACAUCGACUUCGGCUUCAUCCUCUCAUCGUCUCCCCGGAACCUCGGGUUCGAGACGUCGGCCUUCAAGCUGACGGCCGAGUUCGUGGACGUGAUGGGCGGCCCCGACGGCGACAUGUUCAACUACUUUAAGAUGCUGAUGCUGCAGGGAUUGAUCGCUGCCAGAAAACACAUGGACCGAGUCCUGCAGGUGGUGGAGAUCAUGCAGCAGGGCUCCCAGCUGCCCUGCUUCCACGGCUCGUCCACCAUGCGGGCCCUGAAGGAUCGGUUCCACAUGAGUCUGACGGAGGAGCAGCUGCAGUUAUUGAUCGAUCAGCUGGUGGACGGAUCAAUGAGGUCGAUCACCACCAAGCUGUACGACGGCUUCCAGUACCUGACCAACGGCAUCAUGUGACCAACGGCAUCAUGUGACCAACGGCAUCAUGUGACCCACGGGGUCAUGUGACCCGCCGACGGGGUCAUGUGACCCACGGGGUCAUGUGAUCGAUCAGCUGGGGGACGGAUCAAUGAGCUCCAUCAUGUGACGCCUUGUAGCUCCUAAUGUAAUAAUAUCCUGUAACGUUAUAAUUUACUAUAACGUUAUAAUUUACUGUAACGUUAUAAUUUACUAUAACGUUAUAAUUUACUGUAACGUAAUCAUUUCCUGUAAUGUAAUAAAACCCAAUAAUGUAAUAAAAUAUCCUGACUGAUUUUGUAAUAACAUUUUUUAUGUAAAACCUUCUUAAAUUAUUGGGAAUUUAUUACAUUUUCAUUGGGUCUUUUUUUUUUCU